UGGGUUGUUCACUGGUUCCAGUGGUUCCAACUGAAAUGGGCUGUCUGGGAGGGAAAACAGAUGAAGAACUACUGGAUGAAAAAGCGAAGAGAGAAGCAAACAAGAAGAUCGAGAAGCAGCUGCAGAAGGAGAGACAGGCUUACAAAGCGACACACAGACUGUUACUGCUGGGUGCAGGUGAAUCGGGUAAAAGCACCAUCGUGAAGCAGAUGAGGAUUCUUCAUGUUGAUGGCUUUAACGCUGAAGAGAAGCAGCAGAAGGUUCAGGACAUCAGGAAGAACGUGAAAGACGCCAUUGUGACUAUCGUGUCAGCCAUGAGCAUGCUGACCCCGCCCGUCCCUCUUGGUAACAAUGGCAACCAGUUUAGAGUGGACUACAUCAAGAGCAUCGCCCCCCUUUCCGACUUUGAAUACACAGAGGACUUCUUUGAGCAUGUUCAGAAGCUGUGGGAGGAUGACGGUGUGAGGGCAUGUUUUGAACGCUCCAAUGAAUAUCAGCUGAUCGACUGCGCUCAGUACUUCCUGGACAGGUUGGACUCUGUCAGGAGGACUGACUAUUCACCGACUGACCAGGAUUUGCUGCGCUGCAGAGUUCUGACUUCUGGGAUUUUUGAAACCCGGUUUCAGGUGGACAAAGUCAACUUCCAUAUGUUUGAUGUAGGCGGUCAGAGGGAUGAACGCAGGAAGUGGAUUCAGUGCUUCAACGAUGUAACGGCCAUCAUCUUCGUAGCAGCCAGCAGCAGCUAUAACAUGGUCAUCAGAGAGGACAACUCCACCAACCGGCUCAGAGAGUCUCUGGACCUCUACAGGUCCAUCUGGACCAACAGGUUUCUGAAGACCAUCUCAGUGAUCUUGUUCCUGAACAAACAGGACGUGCUGGCUGACAAGAUUUUGGCAGGAAAAUCUAAACUUGAGGAUUAUUUUCCAGAGUAUAAGAACUACCAGGUUCCUGCCGAUGCUGUUCCAGAUGCUGAUGAAGACCCCAAAGUGACCAGAGCCAAAUUCUUCAUCAGAGACGAGUUUCUGAGGAUUAGUACUGCGAGCGGUGAUGGCAAGCAUUACUGUUAUCCUCACUUCACCUGCGCUGUCGACACUGAGAACAUCCGCCGCGUCUUCAACGACUGUCGUGACAUCAUCCAGCGCAUGCACCUGCGGCAGUACGAGCUGCUCUGAUUGGCUCCUGCACGUCGGGCCAGCCCCACCUCUCCUUGUAGGACUGAGAUGUGAUCCGUUAAUCUAGAAGCUGUUAUCAGAGCUAAUAGAUGAUCAAUACAGAUAGAUAAGAGCGUCUGUAUAGUUCAUUAGUUACAUUU